GGCAGCGGUACGAGCGGGCGUCCAUUUUGUUUCGCCAUAUUGAAUUUGGUCGGACAUCUUUGGACGCCAUGUUUAGUCGGACAUAUUUUAUAAACAUUUUCGCGUAAAUUUCAAAUAUUUUUAAGGGCUAAAUAUUGAACUUUUUUUCACUGAAGUGUAUAACGUAGAUUGCAGUGAAAAUUACCCGAAAAAAUUCCGUGCCUACGCAGCAGUCCAUAUUGGUGUCCAGGGGGCCGUUCAGCUUUUGUUAUAUGCUAAAUAAAGAUAGCCAGCCAAGAUGAUGAACCAAGAGAUAAUGUGCGAGGUUGAAAUCAACACGCACGGCUCAAUGGUGGAGAUAGAUAAUGAUGAUCAGGUUGGCGUUAAGUAUGAAGAAAUAGAAACUGGACAAUAUGAGGAAUACAUAACAGAUGAUCAAUAUGAAGAGGUGGAGGAACAGGUUAUUGGCAUGCAGCAUUUGGAAGAGGACUAUAAAAUUUCAGUGGGCAGCGAGGAGGUGAUACUACCAGGCAUGCCCGGGGAGGAGGUAUUGCAUAAUACGAGCGAAGUUAGCUACGAUUCUGUGUAUACGCCAGCGUCCACUAGCAAUAGCAGAGGUCGCGGCAGACCUAGAGUUAAUACAAAUAGCAAUAUUCAACAUUUGAUGCCGAUUGGCGAAGUGUCAAUGGGUUUGAUGGAAAACAACACGAAUCGCGGUACGGCGAGACGGUGGGAACAAAAGCAGGUGCAAAUAAAGACUAUGGAAGGGGAGUUUUCUGUCACUAUGUGGGCUACGGGAGAGGAUGAUGAUGACGGAUCGAACCCUGAACCAGACCCCGAUUAUACGGAAUACAUGACAGGCAAAAAGACGGUACUCGGCAAUGACACAAUGCCAGGCUUAGAUCUAUCGGACCCAAAGCAACUGGCGGAGUUCGCGAGGCCAGGACACAAGAUUAGAUUGAAGAAACCGUCGCCGGAAUCUUCUGAUCGGACUAUAGCCUGUCCGCACAAGGGAUGUGCUAAAAUGUUCAGAGACAACUCGGCGAUGAGGAAACACUUACACACACAUGGCCCGAGAGUGCAUGUGUGCGCGGAGUGUGGGAAAGCGUUUGUAGAAAGUUCAAAGUUAAAACGGCAUCAACUAGUGCACACGGGCGAGAAACCUUUUCAGUGCACGUUUGAAGGCUGCGGGAAGAGGUUUUCGUUAGAUUUUAAUUUAAGAACUCACGUACGCAUACACACGGGCGACCGGCCGUACGUCUGUCCGUUCGACGGUUGCAACAAGAAAUUUGCACAGAGCACCAAUUUGAAAUCGCACAUACUAACACAUGCGAAGGCGAAAUCAAGAAACUCGCUAUCACGCAACGGCGGCGCAAAUUACGAGUCAGCGCGAACAACACCUCAAUAUGUUCAACUAGAGAUGUCCCCGGACGAUUCUAACCCGCAGCUGAUCUUCUACACGCACGAAUGAGCCACGGCCUCGUGUGUGUAUGUGUAGUGACACACGGACUGUGUGAAGUGUUAAGUGAAGUGACAAUAAAGUGGAAAGUGAAGUGACUAAAAAUAGUGUAAAGUGACUGCAAAGUAAAUUAAAGUAGUAGGAAAGUUGGGUUGAAGUGACCAGAAGUUGCUGUAAAGUGACUAGAAGUCAGCAAAGUUGGAAAGUCACUUUAAAGUGAUGGUCAAGUGAAAGUAAAGUUGUUGUAAGGAGUUUACAAAGUUGGUACACCAACUUAGUAACGGUAAAGUGACUGCAAGUGGUGUAACAUUACAGCAAACUUGAAAAUGACAAAAGGAAAGUGUAAAGUGAUGGAAAAGUUGGUGUAAAGUGAUGGUAAAGUUGGUAAUAACUGUAAAGUACAGCCAAAAGUGGUGUAAAGUAACAGAACUUAGUGUAAACUAAAUAUGGAAGGACUGAUACAGUAGUGUGUGUACAAAAUGUGGACUUUAAACUAUUAGUAAUUGAAAACAUUUUGCAAUAACUAUCAUAGUUUGUGAUGCAGGAUUUUAACUUUUUACCUGGGUGCGUAGGGGCCAGAAUUGAUUGUAUGGCGUUUUUACUGAAUUGUGUUUAGCAUUAUUUAAUUUGCAUGUGACUUUUUGUAAACAAGGUUUAGUAACUUUGUUCAAUCCUUGGUAUUAGAUAUUCUAUAACAGGGAAAAGAACUAAAUUGUUAGAAAAUUCCUUAUGAUCACACAGCUAAUACACAUUUUUAAUUGAAUAAGUUUGAAAUGAAGUGUCUGACUUUUCAAAUAUAAUAAGUU